AGUCCUCCUACUAUCACGUAAAAAGCCACUCUGCCAUAUCGUACACGUAUAGCUGACGCACGGUAGAUUUAAAAACGAUGAGCAGUUGAAGAAGGAAGCACUUCUGCGUCUGAUUAGCAACAAGACAACGGGAACAGAAGAGCCAACGCCGCCGCUCGACUGGGACCCAUUUUGUUCAACCAGAGUUGUGUACCUAGUUUCUGAAAACAUCGGCCCACAAAAGUACAGGAUAUCAGAAAACACCCACAAAUACUUCCUCCGGGCGUUGGGCAUUAGUCUCAAGGCCGCAUGCCACUGGUCAAUUGUGGUCAUACACCGGUCGCGCGGUAUGUGCUGGCGCUACGAUUUGAUGAGCGACCAGAAAUGGAAAUGGGGCAAGAAUUAUUUCCGAGCCGACGAAGUCACAGACACCAUCAUCGGACAUUGGCUCACAUGCACGUACAUUGGCGAGACAACCGCGGAUGACGAUAAGAUCCGCGCGCUUGGUAUGAAGCCCUCGCGGUACUAGAAGGGAGCGAGUGCUAAACGAAACAGGCCAGUCUUACAUUGACACAAACCCUCGCUAUGACACGCUCAUGACAAGCUGUCAGACAAUUCUCGAAAGUCUGGUUCGUUCAAUCUGCGAUGGAAAGAUGAUUAGUACCCCGACAGCCUGGCGGGAACUCCAGAAGGCCCUCCCGGCUUUUGCUGCGUACUAUUAUGUCACAUGGAAGACUAAGGAGACGAUUAUUAAGAUGGCAGAAUGGUGUGGACAGAAAAUGCUUGAUACAUUCGAGGAGGAUGUGAAACUCCUGCAGGAGGCUUUCAAAGAUAUUUAAUGGCAUGACGCUCGUCGAUCAGCUCGACUUUCAAGUAUCGCCUGUGAUACUCUAAGCAAUAUCUUUCUUUCUUUAGAGUGACUUAGUCACUAUCCCCAUAAAUAGGAUGUCGAG